CUGCGCGUUGCAUUGUGGGGAUACAAACACAGCGCAUAAAGGACAGCGGGGAGCACAAAGGAAACACAAAACACCUCCAACAACUUUUAACUUGUUGUCAUGUGAAUUCAUGUGAGCGUUCAUUUCAACUGUGAGUGUUUGGGCGGCUGACAGGCAGCCUGAGAGCCGCGCAGAGGGAAUGUGAGUGGUCGGAGUGAAGCGGCAGCAGGCAGGACGCACCGCACCGCACCGCACCGCUGUCUCCUCCGAUCACUGAGCUGUUUCAUCCCGAGGCCCUGCAGAUACCACGGGCCUCAUACCACCAGGACAUAUUUCCUGUACACAGUCAUAAACUGACUCCAACAUGGGGGUCAAAACCUUCACCCACAGCUCGACGUCCCACAGCCAGGAGAUGCUGGAGAAGCUCAACGCUUUACGCAACCAGGGUCACUUAUGUGAUGUCACCAUUCGGGUCCAAGACAAGCUCUUCCUGGCCCACAAAGUGGUCCUGGCCUGCUGCAGUGAGUUCUUCCGCUCCAAACUGGUGGGCCGGCCUGAAGAGGAGGAGAAGUUUGUGUUGGAUCUUCAUCACGUGACCGUUAGCGGCUUUGCUCCUCUGUUGGAAUAUGCCUACACAUCUACCCUCUCUAUUAGCACGGAGAACAUCAUCGAUGUUCUGGCAGCUGCAAGUUACAUGCAGAUGUUUGCCGUUGCUAGCACAUGUUCGGAGUUCAUGAAGUCUAGUAUUCUGUGGGGCCCGGGUAACAACGGCAACAAUAACAACAUUACGGCAGAUAAACCGCAUGAAUCAGCACCGGAGAGCGCCUCAUCGAACUGUGCCCUGACGCCCUUGGACGGCAGCGUGUCACCUGUUUCAUCUGAUUGCAGCGUGAUGGAGAGAAACGUUCCUAUAUGCCGCGAAUCGCGACGGAAACGCAAAAGCUUUGUAACAAUGGCAUCGCCGGAGAGUCCGCUCAAAUGCACUACACAGAUGGUCACCACCUCCCCUCAGAUCCCCAACCCAUCUCCUUCAUUCUCAGACAGCACAGCCCAGCCUGUGGAGUCCUCCCUGGCCUUCCCAUGGACUUUCCCGUUCGGCAUCGACCGGAGGUUCCACUCGGACAAAUCAAAGCUCCAGGAAAGCCCUCGUUGUUUAGAGCAGGGCGCCCCAGGGACCUCAGAGGUGGGGGUCGGCCGGCGGCUCAGUGACUUCCUAACGUGUGAGGGCUCCAAGGUGGUGUCAUCGCCGAUGCCGGCAGAGGAGGAAGACGUGAGGGUGAAGGUGGAGCGUCUCAGUGAUGAGGAGGUCCAAGAGGCGUCCUCGCAGCCGGUCAGUGCCUCCCAGAGCUCGCUGAGUGACCAGCAGACGGUGCCGGGGAGUGAACAGGUCCAUGAGGAGCUCCUCAUCAGUCCACAGUCCUCCUCUAUAGGGUCGAUGGAUGAGGGAGUGUCUGAGGGCUUGCCGUCAAUGCAGAGCGCCUCUAACACUGGUGGACACGCAGAAGAUGAUGAAAGGUUAGAAGGUAUUCAGUAUCCGUACCACCUCUAUAUCAGCCCCUCAGCCAGGCCCGGCACCAACGGCCCCGACAGGCCCUUCCAGUGUCCAACCUGCGGAGUCAGAUUCACACGCAUUCAAAACCUGAAGCAGCAUAUGCUCAUACACUCCGGCAUUAAGCCUUUCCAGUGUGACCGCUGUGGGAAAAAGUUCACACGGGCCUACUCCUUAAAGAUGCAUCGGCUGAAGCACGAAGGUAAACGCUGUUUCCGGUGCCAGAUUUGUAGCGCCACAUUCACGUCCUUCGGUGAAUAUAAGCACCACAUGAGGGUCUCCCGACACAUAAUCCGCAAGCCGCGGAUUUACGAGUGCAAAACGUGCGGGGCCAUGUUCACCAACUCUGGCAAUUUAAUUGUACACCUGAGGAGUCUGAACCAUGAGGCAUCCGAACUAGCAAACUACUUCCAGAGCAGUGAUUUCCUCGUGCCCGACUACCUGAGCCAGGUACAGGAGGAGGAGGAGGCGCUGGGAGUCCAGUAUGAGCUAGAGGAGUCCAAACAUCACCCCGUCUACCCGGGCAGCACCUCCACCUCCACCACCACUGCAGCCUCGUCCUCCUCCUCAGUCCAGAUGCCCGUCAUCUCCCAGGUCUCCUCCUCUACCCAGAAUUGCGAGAGUUCCUCCGGCUUCCUUUCACCCGAGCCCCUGGACCCCCUGGAAGCCCCAGCCUCCCUCAAGUUGGACGCCGACGAGACGGCCGCCAUGACAGAGGAGGCCAAGAUGGACAACAGUGGAGGAGGCAGUUCCCCAGAGGUGUUUGAAGGAGAGCAGCAGCAGCAGCAGCAUGUCCAGGCCAAGGAGCUGGCUUCCAUUACCAUCGAGUGAUUCAAGCCUUCUACUUGCUCACCAUGUCUUAUUUUUGCAGUCAUGUCAUAUGGGAAUAUAUGUUGAAAUGCCUUGGCGGUUAAAAUGGAUAACCUGGACAUGUGCACAUGUUGAAAGCUCAUCAUGUGAAGCCAUCAAGAUGCCACGAUUGAAGUUUUCUGAAGACUUCAGUUGCAUCGAUGAUGUUUUUUCCUCACGCAGCAACACGGAUGCACUUAUUUGAGUUUUACACCAAACCAAAUCCAGCAAAGUAAAUUAUUAUUUUCUUUUUUUUUUGUAUUUGAAAUGAUUCCCUCCCACCCCCAAACUUGACUGAAGGUUCAAUCCAUCACCAAACCUGAGUUUCAAAGUAGUAUUUUUCAAGUGAAGCAAGUGAACGGUAUUUUUGAAAAGUCAUUUUAGGAAGGUUUGUUUUGUUUUUUCUUCCCAUAUGACGUGAAUGCAGCACUAGCUAAAGUCAUUUCUGUCUUAGCCAAUUCGAGGUCUGUCAAAUCCAAGCCUUGCCCUUCUUUUUUGGAAAGUGCCUGAGAGUUCCCAUUUUAACAAAGCAACAUGUAGAGGAAGAAGAGGUCUUGACUUUGCCAACAGUGACAAAUCAAGCCUUUGCAAACUGAGCUAAAGAAAAAAAAUCUUUCAUUUGUAGUGAUAAAUGCUAGUUUGUAUGGGCAGAGACUGUGUUAUUCCUUCAGUGCCGUCGCUAUAGGCAAACUGUUAAAUGUCAAUAUUAUCUAUAUUGCAAUAGCUUGUACUGUAGUUUUACUAUUUGAAUGCUGUGUAUGUCGGGUGUUGUGAAAUACGAUAUGUCAGGUGUGUGUAUGUGCAUUUGUUUUUUAUCUAUAUGAACACAGUACAUUUCAUUUUUAAAUGUUUUAAAACUUGAAAUUAUAUUGACAGAAUAUUCCCUUAAGACGUUUGUGUGCAGUAUAAUUUUUUUUCUGACUUAUUACAAGUUAUUUUUUAUUUUUAAUGAACACUGUUGUUAAAUCAAACCUUGUAUCUCCCAAAGAAACUAAACGCUAGUAGUUUAGUCAAACUUGGAUCAGCACUGAUGCAUCUUUAUAUUUCAAAAUCCAACAAAGUAAAAGACAAAAUUAAAGUUGAUGUAAAACACAAAUUCCAUAUUUGGAGUUACAAGGUUUUCUCAACAGCUGCGGUGUUCUAUUCCCAAAUGGGCUCCUAAGAUAUGGUAAUGUAGCAUUUUAUCCCAGUUGAAUUUAGGCCUGCUUGUCAAAUGGCCGUUUUUGUUCAGUCUGUUUGUGUUCUAAAUAUUGAUAUCUCACAUGGUUUUCAAGUUUUGGUCGUCCUGAUUUACCAACAGGUACACUGCUGAUAUUCUAGGAUAUUGCAUGACUGUUGAAGCGAUGUUUCACUUAGGUACAACAUGAUUGUCUUUUUUAAAGUUUUAUCCUUUGUGAGUGAUAUACCAAGAAUAUUAUAAGUGUGGAUUAACCACCAGCA